AUGAACCCUGCCUCGGCCAUCGGGGUCGCCAGCAGUGCCAUCGCUUUUCUAGAGUUUGGUGCCAAGCUGAUAUCGGCCACCAAAGCCAUCUACGACUCCAAGGAUGGCAUUUUGCCUGAACAUACUGCGAUAGAACAGCACUACAAAGACUUGCUUGCCCCGAGCUCGAACCCAGGCACCAAGGCCAUUGGCAGGGCCCCUUCGCCAGAGGACAUCUAUUUCCAGAAACUCUCGUCGAGCUUCAGACAAGACUGCCAGGCCGUCAUUGACUUGUUGAAUGCCCACCGGUGCAAUGAAGGCAAGAGGAGACGCCGCAUCAUGGGGAGUGUCAAGGCUGCCUUGAAACUCACAGGUAUCAAAGGACAGCUACGCGAGAUUGAAGAAAGGCUGGACAAAACACAAAAGGCAAUGCAAUUGCAUGUUUUCCAACAGUUAAGGUGCGUCAAAAAAACCUUGGUGGAAAAUCAGGAUUCACAAAAACUGACUGUAAGACCCGCUAGACAAGAGAUAUUGGGUAUACAGGUCAGUGUCGUGGCCAUUCAAGAUCACGGAAAUACGCUCUCAGUGAGACUCGGGGAUAUGACGGUUGUUGACAACGACAAAAACCCUUCGUUGCUGUCAGAAAAUUUAUCGUCACAGUCAAAAGACCCAUCAUCCCCAUCAAUUCACGACCUUAGGACGCCGAUGAACCAACUCUCUGGCCUGAUGGGGACUCUAGAAUACCUGCGUGUCGAGUCUGUCCUAGCCAGUCUGAACUACGAGACUCGUAAAGUUCGUCACGAUACGAUUAAGGAUGCUCAUGCGAAGACCUUUGAGUGGGCAUUUGACUCAAACUUCCAUCUCUCGAAAUGGCUUCAAUCGGGGGAUGGAAUUUUCUGGAUUCCGGGGAAGCCCGGGUCUGGGAAGUCAACCCUCAUGAAAUUCCUGGCAGAUAAUACACAAACCAAAAGCUUACUCAAGGAAUGGGCUGGGGACAAUGAGCUGGUUGUGGCCCGUCACUACUUCUGGUGCUCAGGCACCCUGAUGCAAAAAUCAUGGGACGGCCUGCUCCGAUCACUAAUUUUCGACAUCUUCAGGAGUUAUCCACUAUCCAUUCAGGAAGCUUGUCCCGAGCGAUGGGAAAGAGCGGGCGCACCAGGGGCAGCUUCCACGCUGUGGACAAUAACUGAGUUGACCAAGGCUCUCCGUGCUGUGGCUAAGCUAAAAGACAGCUCAUCCCUGAGGUUCUGCUUCUUCAUUGACGGACUUGACGAUUAUGAUGGAGAUCAUCUUGAACUUUGUGGGAUCUUCGAUGACUUGGUGCGGGGUGGCAAUUUCAAGAUGUGUCUUUCAAGUCGCCCAUGGCCAAUCUUUGAGGAUGGCCUGGGUAACGACCCAUCAUGCAAGCUGUAUGUCCAGCAUUUGACAUACGUAGAUAUCAAAACAUAUGUUGCAGCACAACUAGAGUGCCAUCCUAAAUGGAAAACGAACAACUUGACGGAAAGGGAAAGAAUGGAGAUGGUCGAGGCUAUUUCCUGGAAAGUGGAUGGGGUAUUUCUUUGGGUAUACCUCGUCACAAGGCCCCUCCGCGAGGGUUUGUCAAAUUACGACACAGCUGCCGAUCUCAACAAGCGACUGGAGCACUUGCCAGGCGAUCUCGAGAAACUUUUCCGCCAUUUAAUGGACAGCGUCAACAUCGUCUACCAGAACAAGAUGACCUGUUUUCUACUGGCUGCUCUCAUUGACACUACGCCCUCCAGCUCCCCCGAUGCAGGAAUAUACUGCAAUAUGGAAAAAGAACUUGACAACCCAGGCUACGCGUUACAAUCUUGCCUUUCUCAAAUAUCUCAGGCAUCCCAAUCCAAUGAUGCGUCAGAUGUGUGA